AUGCUUUGGAAGAUUAUUAAGAACUAUACGAACCACGGAGAUCGACCGCUGAUAUACAAAUCCAUGAAUAUCGAAUGUAUUCCCGAUCCCAAAUACGCUGUUAAUUCUACAUGUUUGAUAAAGGCUAAAAAUUGGAAUAUGGCCGUUCUUAAUAUGGAUUGUGAUUUGAUUUUGCCAUUGCGUAAUACAACGAUUCAAAUGGAAUUGUUCAAAAAGGGGUACAGCAAUCAAUAUCAUCCAUUUUUGGUGAACGUUGCCUUUAACCUGUGUGACAUAAUAUCAAAGAGGAAUUAUUUAUCUUAUGGCACAAUAUUAUGGAAGAUAAUUAAGAAAUAUACAAACGCGAAUCACAGUUGCCCCUUGGAAGGUCAUCUAAUGGCACGAAACUUGUUCAUCGAUUCAAAUAAUACGUUUAUUCCAAAACUUCCCUUAGGUUUCUAUCUAGUUUCCAUAAAAAUUACUGAGAAUUUUUUAGGCCAACAAAUCGAAAAUGUUGGACUCGUUAAAUAUUACGUUCAAGCUGCGGAAAUGGUGCAAAUAAAGAAGAAAAUGAAUUAA